CACAAAUCCAUGAAUUCGGAAUUGUUUGCUUCUGACUGUGUGAAAACGUCUCCAAGUCCCAUUUCCCAAAUUUCUAGACCAAAGUCUUAUGCAUAAUUUAUACAAGUUGUAAUUGAAGAACUAUUUCAUGGCUGCUAAAUCCGCAGAACUCGAAUGGAGAAGGCAGUGGAAGCCAGAUUUGAAGUCGUCCUCGUGGAAAACACAAAAGAUUGGGGAAGACACUUUCCUCAUCAAAUCCCUCUUCUUUGAUGGGGGCUACGAGAUCCUAAUAUCUGAUCUGACUAAUACUUGGUAUGAAUAUCUGGAAGAUAAUGAUUUACAGAAGAGAUCGAAGCUUCUGAACCCAAGUGUUGAUGCACCAGUCACUCGCCUUCUCCAGCACAUUCAAAGUUCCCUAGAAGAAGAUGAUUCAAAGAAAAGCCAGUUUCAAAUUACCUUCAAGACCGAUGCAGAGGUGGAGACCACAAGCUGCAAGUUUUCCAUCAACUCUGAGUUGGCUGGAUUUCCAUUUGUUUGGAAAUUCUAUGCUAUGGAAGCUGAGAAAGAAAUGGUUGUUGAGCAGAUGACUGUGCCACUCCUGACAAUGGUUGGUGAACUGCAUCGGAGACAACUUGAAUUGUUCAAAUUAUUGAAAGCCAAGGAUAAGGAAAUAGAUGACUACAAGGGACAUGGGGCCAAAGUAUCAAGAAAGCACCUGGAAACUGGACUGUUCGAUGAAGUUUCUUUUGCAAACACUAUGAAUACAUCCAAGGACUUUGAGAGGCAAGUGCGGCACUUGGGUAUAAAUGCAUUUUCACAGCCCGGUCAGGAUUUGUACAGAGAUAUCAUGACGAAGCAUGCAUGGCUGACUGCUCCUGCAGAAGAAAAAGCUGAAGAUGCCUUGAUGGCUGGCCUUUCGACAGAUACGCCGUCUGGUACUGUUGAACAGUCUUGGGGAAAUCGAUUGCCAAUGUCGCUUAUCAGUGGAUUGUCGCCAUCGGGGUCACCUGUGAAAGUCUCGCCAAGAAACUCCCCUUUAAAAUCUCCUGCCAAAAACACGCCAACUGCAACACCAGAAACUACACCAACAAAGGAUACUGAAUUAUUACGACGACAAGCCUUAGAAAAGCGUUUAGCUGAUGAAGAAAGUCGAAAAGAGGUUAAGGCCAAGAAGAAGAGGAAGUUGAAGCUGUAGUGACGAAGUGAGAAACCAGUUUGGUGUGUAUUGACUGUCUUCAGGAACAUUGAAAGAAGGUCAUGCUUGACAACUGCAUGGUUGAUUCAAUUUGACAUAUAAAGCGGUUUGUGAUGAAAAUCUUCAUACUUCUGCUAAUGAAUUUGUGACCUGUACCCUUUCCUUGUAUCAGGCCUCUGUUCUUAAAUUUGACUCUGUAAAAUGAUUUUGAAAUGAGACUUUAUUAUGUUGUCUUGUCCAAAUAUCUCAUCAGAUGUACAUUUUGUAGGUUAGAUUAGAUACUCUGUGCAAUUAGGAUGUUGUAUGAUACAACAAUAUUAUAAUGAGUAUUGUAAAGGAUCCCGCUUUUGGGAUCGGUGAAUUAUGUUUUAUGGAUUUAUACUUUAUGACGUUUUCAAUAAAGUCUUGAGAUAGUUUUCUAA